GGGCGGGUCCCAAAGGGGCGGGGUCCCGGGGUCCUUGAAAGGGACGGACCCCGCCGAUCCCACUCAGUCCCGCGCUCCUGCCGGCUCCCGCCCAGUCAGCCCACCUGGACCCGGCGCCACCAUGCCCAAGUGCCCCAAGUGCGACAAGGAGGUGUACUUUGCUGAGCGGGUGACCUCCCUCGGGAAGGAUUGGCAUCGGCCUUGCCUGAAGUGUGAGAAAUGUGGAAAGACGCUGACCUCAGGGGGUCACGCCGAGCAUGAAGGCAAGCCCUAUUGCAACCACCCCUGCUAUGCUGCCAUGUUCGGACCCAAAGGCUUUGGGCGUGGUGGAGCUGAGAGUCACACUUUCAAGUGAACCCAGGUUUUGGAGACCCCAUCCCUGGCUGCCCGCUGGGCCACUGCCCCUCCAGGCUGAUGGGAGGCCUUCCCCACAAGCACCUGGGUCUCUCCUGUAGACCUCUAUGCCCUCAAUAAACCCGGACUCCUGGAA